AUGAGUGAAGGCUCGAGCGGAGAAGUAAAGACAACGGUAAUGGAAGAAAAAUCGGAAAAGCAACAAGGGAGAGCAUCUCUGGAGAAAGGAAGAUCGUGCAAAGGCUAUCUUUAUUACUCCUCCACUCUCAAAUCCAAGGCUAAAAAUCCCCGCUGCGUCGGAAUCCCUCGUACUCUUCGUCAAGUUCCUGUUUACGUUGUUGGACAAAAAGAACCACAAACCUUGCCGAAUUUUUAUUACGGCUGUCUGGGUUAUUCAGUCUACAUGACUGAAAAAGACUCUUCUGCAAUGAAGCAGCCUACAAAGACACAACUUCCCUUUUGUGUCGGUCUUGAGAUGCUAGCAGAAAGAAAAGCGACUUCUAGCAACACUUCACCUGUUCCAGCCCGUGUUCAAAACAGAAAUGGUGCUCGUACUGGGGAUCCCUUUGGUGUAGAUCCUCGGGAUCACCUGAACCAUAACCAGAACCAGAAACCAUCCCCAGCCCCAGCCCCAGAAAACGGCUUUGUAACCAGGCUCAACAGAAACGCAAACCUGGUAGCAUCAGGGGUGAUGAAGAACCUGAAGAGAGUGGGAAAAAGUAGAUCUGAGAAAAGUGUCGGGAAAAAGAUUCUCUUUUCCUCCUCGACCUCCGCCGGCGGACACGAGACCAGAGCUCACCCUCGCCGCCUUGGGGCUCCAAGAAGAACGGUUGUCCAAUUCCGUCCACCCAGUCCUUCCUCAGCGUUGAAUCGGACCCCUUUACUCACCGACAAAGGCAAAGAAGAAGACCGAGCCUCCCACGGCCAAAACGCCGACCUCCACCGGAGACGACUCACUGAAACCAGACUACCUCCGAUGCUCAACCAAGCUUCACCGCACACAUCUCCGCCACUUCCACGCGACACUCCACUUCAAUCCGGUCAGAAUAUUCCACCGCCGUUGACAAGCAGAGCCACCGCCGUGGGGAACCGCCAUCCUUAA